AUGCCUACAGCUCAGUUUGAAUACGCUUACGACAAGAAUGAAGCUAUCUACGUGCUCGAGGGAGAGGCGAUUGUGACCCCACGGGAUGGUCGACGGGCAGUUCGACUCGUUCCGGGUACCUACGCGGUCUUUCCGAAAGGUCUGGAGUGUACCUGGGACGUUCGGAGAAGAGUGAGAAAGCAUUAUCAGGAAUUCGAAUGA